AUGGCUGUUCCCAACCGAGGCCCGGAGAUCCAGGCCGCUUGCUACACACUGCUGGUGACCGCCGUGACUUCGACCCUGCUCCGAUGCUAUGUGAGGGCUCGUAUGGUCAAGAAUUUUGGACUCGACGAUUGGUUUAUGGUGGCUGCCCUUACAACGUUCACCCUUUUCGUAAUCUUUACACUUGUCGGAGUCCAGCAUGGUACUGGCCAUCACCGCUCGGAUCUUAGCGAUGCAGACUUUGAGAUCGGCAUGAAGGUUUGGUGGUUUUGCUAUAUUUGGUAUAUAAUUACGAUGAUUAUGUCUAAACUCUCCAUCGGCUAUUUCCUCCUCCGAAUCACGGUUAAAAAGAUUCAUAAAUUCAUUGUCUACGGCGCUAUGAUGGCCUCGGUCAUAAUGGGAACCGCGUUCCUCUUUGUUACUCUCUUCCAGUGUCGCCCGAUUUCAUUCUUCUGGAACAAAGACCUGUCGGGAACUUGCGUCGACAUUGACGUUAUCAUAGCUCUUACAUACUUGUAUAGUACUGUCAGCCUGGUAUCAGACCUUACUUACGCGAUCCUACCUAUGUUUCUUAUCUGGAAUCUGAAUAUGGAUUUGAAGAGCAAAAUUGCUCUAGUACCUAUCAUGACGAUGGCCUGCGUGGCGAGCGCAGCUGUGGCAGUACGACUUCCAUACGUGAAAGACUUUAGAGACCCUGACUUCCUGUGGUCAACGGUUGAUCUUGCGGUUUGGUCGGCGGCGGAACAAGGUCUGGCCGUUGCAGCAGGGAGCUUCGCUACACUCCGACCGUUACUUCGAGCCAUUAGCCGAAAGCUAGGUCUAUCAUCAACGGGACCUUCCGAGAUUCAGGAUUCAGAGCGCGCAGCAGCCUCAAGAUUUGGCGGACAUUUGAGCCAUGCGACGGGUUACGGCAACCCGCAGCAAGGGCCCUUUAGCCUUACUACCUUUGCGUGUCAUGGUGAUGAUGAGUACACUGAAGCGGGCGGCGAGGCCGGCGACUCUGGGAGUGGCCAAACGGACAAGUCUUCAAUGGAGAAGGGCGCUUCUGGCUGGAGCUCACGACGGCCAACGAGCAAUGAAAGCGAGGAGGAAUUGACGGGGCCUGGGCAUGAGGGACGAACCGGCAACAGUCGACCGUCUAUUAAAAUUACAACCACCCUUCGAAUGGAAGAACACAGGGUGUAA